AAGGGUUAAAGAAGAUAUCUUUGUUUCCCUGCACAGAUCAAACAGCAAACUUAAAGUAUAUUUUUAUUUCCUCUCUUGACUCCCAGGUGCUGAUGGUCCGAUUCGCCUCGCUCUUCAACAUGGUCGAGCGGACGGUGACCUUCCUGAGCGGCAAACGCUACAGCCUUGACACGCUACGGUCGCUGGGCGCCGGCGAAUUGCUCAACUCCAUGUGCGAGUUCAGCGAGAAGCUGGCGGCGCUUCGGCUCGACUCAGACGAAAUGAGCCUCUUCACGGCCGUGGUGCUCGUCUCAGCCGGUAAGAACGCUUCAGUCUGAAUAUUUGAAUGUUUGUGAGCAAAUCUUAAAAGAAAAAGUCACACAAACGUAGCUUCUCUUUUAUUUUUAUACCAAAACUUGUAGUAUUUUUACCUCUGUUGUUAUUACAAGGCUAAAAAUGAAUCCGAAACUACCAAAUAUGUCUUUGGUUGUUUUCUUUAAGUUGACUUAUGUAAGCACAAAUGGCAUUAACCCUUUGAAACCUGAGCGAAUUGGCUUUUUUAAAACAUGUGAAGGAGUUAAAA